GAAUCGAAUUUUGCUCACCCUUAUAUAUAGAGCCGUGGUAGAGUUUAGCAGUUGACCGUCCUUAUAUCCUAGAGAAAGAAAAACAAGAUACUGAGUGCUGACUAUUGAAAUUGGUAGUCGCUGCAGAUAUGGCAGAGGGGGAGAACAAACUCAAGCUCUAUUCUUACUGGAGGAGCUCCUGCUCCUUCCGUAUCAGAAUUGCCCUUAACCUCAAAGGUCUGGAAUACCAGUACAUACCCGUGAACUUGCUUAAGGGGGAGCAAUUCAGUCCUGAAUUCCAAAAGCUGAACCCUAUUGGGUAUGUACCGGUGCUGGUGGACGGUGACAUGAUCAUUUCAGACUCUUUUGCGAUUUUCAUGUAUCUGGAGGAGAAAUACCCUCAACACCCUUUAUUGCCAUCUGAUCUUGCAAAGAAGGCACUCAAUUUCCAGGCUGCAAAUAUUGUUUCCUCUAGCAUUCAGCCUCUUCAGAAUCUAGCUGUACUGAAGUACAUUGAGGAGAAAGUAAGUCCAGAUGAGAAAAUUCCUUGGACAAAAUUUCAUAUUGAGAAAGGCUUUGAAGCGCUUGAGAAGCUGUUAAAAGAUCAUGCUGGAAAAUAUGCGACUGGAGAUGAAGUUUCCAUGGCAGAUCUGUUUCUAGCACCACAGAUUCUGGCUGGGAUUGAACGAUUCAAUGUUGACAUGGCUAAAUUCCCACUGUUAUCUAGGUUAAAUGAGGCAUAUAGUGAGCUACCAGAAUUCCAAAAUGCUAAGCCAGAGAAUCAGCCGGAUGCUCCUUCAGCAUAGGGCACUCGUUAAGAUGGUGGAUGGAUGAGGUACAUAUCUACUGCUGACCUGUCCAUCUGUUUGGUGGCUGGUAAUCUUCAACAAGGGCUCUUGGUUCCUCCCGGGUAUGAUCAAUGAUAAUAAGGAUUAUGUAGUCCAGAACCAGAAGUUAAUGAAAGACAUAUGAUAUAUAUAUAUAUAUAGAUAUAUAUGCCAUGUUUAUCCGAA